AUGACGUCGCACUCGAGCAGCGCCGACGUCGACGGCAGAUGGGACGAAGAAUACGACAUCAUCUGUGUAGGGUCAGGCAUCGGCGGCCUCUCGGGGGCUAUUACGGCCGCGAGCAAAGGCUUGAAGACGCUGGUGGUGGAAAAGACGUCGCAGUUUGGCGGCGUGACGGCCCUCUCAGGAGGGCAGAUAUGGUCUCCGGCCAACAAGUAUCAACUGGCCCGCGGGAUCGAGGACUCUGUGGAAGAUGGGAUCCGAUACAUCGAGGCCCUCGCAGACGGGUGGGCCAACGACCGCAUGACGAGAAACCUCUUCAACACCGCGAACGAGGCGGUUGAUUUCUUGGAGGAAAAGGGCGUUAAGUUUCGCAUGAUCCCCAAUCUGCCGGACUACUACUACCCGGACCUUCGGCCCUUCGCGAAGCAAGAUGGGCGGUACUUCGACGCCGAGCCGUUUGAUUUGCGUCGCUUGGGUGACGGUUAUAGGCACAAACUCCGCCACAAGGCCUGGUCGAGCCCCGAGAUGGCUGGGAUCACCGGUCGACCCGAGGCACAGCGACAGGACUGUGUGUACACCGGGGAAGCCCUGGCCGGGUAUUUCUUGCAAGCGGCCCUGGAGGCUGGAGCGACGUGUCGGACGAAUAGUCCUGUCACUCGACUGAUCCGAGGCGAAGCGGAAGCGGGGACGAGUCCACGAGUCACAGGUGUGGUGGUCAAAGGUCUCGAUGGUGGUGGCCGAGAACAACGCAUCCGGGCGACACGCGGUGUCCUCCUGGCCGUCGGUGGCUACGAUCACAACUCUGCCCUUGUCCAUCGAUACGAAGGCCGGUUCGAACCUUACGGCACGCUCGUCUUCCCCGGUAUUGACGGGGACCAUCUCGCCAUGGGGGCGGACGCGGGUGCCGCGAUCGCGACGCUGCCACCUUCACGAAGUAUCGUUCAGAGAGCAGUGCGCACGGGAAUCCGGCGUGAUGAGGAUGUCUCGUCGCCAACGUGGGACAACGAGAUCCUCGCCAUGUACUGGCCCGUAGGACCGCAUGAGAUCGUGGUGAACCGCGCAGGCAAACGAUUCGCCGACGAAACCUUCUACCCAGAACUACAUGCGAGUUUACACGUUCUCGACCCCGUGCGACAUGUCCACCCUCACUGGCCGACGUGGCUGAUUAUGGAUGACAACUACUGGAGCUCACCAAUGCGAAGACAGCAACCUGGCCCGCCUAAAGAGCAAUGCCACGUGGCCGACACGCUUGACGAGCUGGCGACAAAGGCGGGGAUCAACCCUCUCGGCCUCAAGAGUACCGUGGACCGUUACAACGACAUGUGCAGACAGGGGCGCGACGAUGACUUCCACCGCGGCGAAAGACCCUGGGUGACGUCCAGCCUGGCCUUUGCCCCUCUAGGAACUUCACCCUUGGGUCCCAUCGAACAGGCCCCCUUUUACGCCACGAAACUCAUCCAGGCGUUUUUGGGCGUCGGCGCCGCGGGGCUCGAAAUCAACCAGCACGCCCAGGUCGUCAGGCAGGACGGCCGACCCAUCCCGGGCCUCUAUGCCGCGGGGAACUCGGCGGCGCGGACAGACUUGGGCAUGAUGUUGCAGAGCGGCGUCACGAAUCUCCGCGGCAUGGUCUAUGGGUUCUUGGCCGCGAAGCAUAUGGCUGAUGACGGGUGUCGGAGUCGGCUAUGA